AACUCUUGCGCACCCUCUGGUGCUUGCUAGUCUCCAAAACUUCUUUGUGUUGCUUGCUUUGCAGAUUGUCUUCCUUGUCUCUGUGGUUGCUCAUUAUUCAGAGACAGACGGAGCUCAGGUCAUCUGCAGCUGCAGCAUAGGAGAAGCAGGAAAGAUGGCGAUCAUUCACUAGACCAGGCACACGCAUGAGCUACAAAACAACUUUCAGAAAGAUCGCUUUUCUGGACAAACCCCAGGUUUCCCUGAUUUUCCAGGGAGUCCUCAGUGAUGGAGGUGCUACAGUGUGAUGGCUGUGACUUCAGGGCAGAAUCUUACGAUGACCUUAAGGCACACAUCCAGGAUGUCCACACAGCCUUCUUGCAGCCCACGGCAGUUGGAGACGGGACUCCCAGCCACUCCAGGUCCGACUCCCUCAACUCCCUUAGUCAGGCGGAGGAGGAUGAGGAGGACCUGGCCUCUUUGAACAAUGAGUUUGAAACUCCACAUGAACAAGCAGGCCCUCAUUCCUUUGACUCUGGGCAGUUUUCCAGUUCUAACCAAAUGACUCACAACCAAACAGUGAACCAACCUGCAAAGCCUGCAAACCAGUUUUUCCAGUGCAAGUUCUGCAUCCGCUAUUUCAGAUCAAAAUCCCUCCUCAAUGAACACACCAGGAAGGUCCAUGGCAUUGUGGGAGGUGCUUCAGUAAGUGGAGAGAACUCACCAGCUUCCCAAUCUUCCAACUUCAACAUCCUCAUGCAUGAUGGUUUUGGGAAGGUGUUCUCCUGCCAGUAUUGCACAUAUAAAUCUCCACGUAGAGCCAGGAUCCUAAAACACCAAAAAAUGUAUCACAAGAGCCACUUGCUAGACUCUCCAGGGUCCCCACCUGAGGCUGUCACAGAAUCUAGUUCCAAUGCUCUGUUCUCUGAGGAAUCUUGUAGCGAUCUGCCCGAGGAGGUGGUGGAGCGUAGUAUUUUGGAAUCUAUGGUCAAACCUCUUACUAAGUCCAGGGGAAACUUCUCCUGUGAGUGGUGUGGCUACCAGACUCUCAGACGAGAGCGUUGGUGUGAUCACAUGAUGAAGAAGCACCGCAACAUGGUGAAGAUCAUUUCCUCAAUCCAGGAGCCACAGGAGGGAGAGGGAAGUGUGGGUUCCUCAAAACCCAACUCGCCCUCCUCGCCAAGAACCCCCAACUCCAACUUGAUAAUCAAUAACUUGAGUGGCAAUGAAGGGUCCUCAGCUAACACCUCAAAUUUCAAGGGAUCUUCUGGAAAUACAAUGCUGAAGUCCACUGGGCAAGCAAGCAAGAUUUCAUCUUAUGACUAUUCACAGAUGAAGUCCAAAAUCCCUAACAGUACAGGAUCCUCCAUCUUGUCUGAAAGAUCAACUUUUGCAAUGUCUGACAUGUCUAAUUUUGCUAUGGACUUAGACACAGACAUCAUCCUCAAUGAAUCUGGAAGUAGCUCAGAUGAGGAACUAGGAGAUAUAGAUGAUCCCAAUAACCCAGACUCGUCAGCUGGAGAUUCUGCCAAGCAGCCCUUGUCAGAGGAGGAUAACAAAAUGCUUGAGACAAAAGGAAUACCAUUCCGGAGGUACAUGAACAGGUUCCAGUGCCCUUUUUGCUCGUUCCUUACCAUGCAUCGGCGGAGCAUCUCUCGUCACAUUGAGAACAUCCACCUGUCGGGGAAGACAACUGUGUACAAGUGUGAUGAAUGCCCUUUCAUCUGCACCAGUCCGCUCAAGUUAGGUACCCACAAGCAGUGUCAUAUGGGGUCAUCCUCAGACUGGGACCCUUUGGACUUGCCAAAUGAAAGCCCAGGAGGUCAGAAUGAGCUGACUGAGCCCAUCAAUGGGGGUAAUCUUACCUCAAAAAUCAACGGCAAAAAAUCUGGCACAGUAAAUGAAGUUAACCAACAGAAUCCUUACCACUGCACACUUUGCAGCUUCUCCACAACCACACUGAAAGGUCUGCGUGUUCAUCAGCAGCACAAGCAUUCUUACUGUGACAACAUGCAGCCAGCUAGUCAUGAGGGAUCAUCAAAUGAACAGCAGGACUCUGAGUCAGAAACGUAUAGUUCUCCAAAUUAUGUUAAGAAAACCCAGACAUCAAUCCUUGGGUUUUCAUCCAAAAAGCAUUUGAUCAACAAGACUGCGAGAAAGUCCAUCAAUGACCUACCUUUGGAUCUGUCUCCAGUGAAGAAAAGAACCAGAAUAGACGAAAUUGCCAAUAACCUACAGAGUAAGAUCAGUAAAAGCAAGCAGCAGGAGGACACCGUCAUAAACUUGGAGGAGAUAGAUGAUGAAGAAGAAGAGGAAGAUAAUGAAGUCGAAAUGUUUAUAGAUGAAGAUGAUGAUGAUUCACAGACUGAGCAUCAGUUGAAAAAUCAGAGCUACUCUUUUGAUAGGCAACCUAUGCAUUUGAGAGAGUCAGUGGACUCUCAAGAGGAGGGCAUCGCGGGAAAAAAGAAACACAGCCUUCAGUCAAAAUUUAUCUCAAGGAAUAUUCCCAUUCAGCUCAGUAUCUCAGAUGAUGAAGACAAUGAAACUGAUUAUGGUGCCCCUGUUGAGUCCAAAGAUCUUCAAGAUAGAGGCAGCCAAGACAGCAGAGAUGCUUGCCAGGAGAACCUUGAUUACAAUGAGGAUGCGGGAACACUUUUUUACUGCAAACACUGUGAAUACCAGAACAAAUCAGCUCGUAGUGUGAGCACACAUUACCAGAGAAUGCACCCCUACAUCAAGUUUAGCUUUAGAUAUAUCCUUGAUCCAGAAGAUCAGAGCGCUGUGUUUCGGUGCUUGGAGUGCUAUAUUGAAUACACAACCUUCGAUGACCUGAAUCAGCACUACAUGGAACAUCACCCCGAAGCCAUCAAUGUGCUGAACUUUAAUCAGCCUGAUUUGGUAUACAGGUGCCGCUUCUGCUCAUAUACCAGUCCAAAUGUUCGAAGCUUGAUGCCACAUUACCAAAGAAUGCAUCCAACAGUGAAGAUAAACAAUGCCAUGAUCUUCUCUAGUUACGUGGUUGAGCAGCCUCAAAAGGGUGAGUCCCAGACGCUGAGAGAGAUUUUAAACUCUGGACCCAAGAGUUUCACAGCUUCCAGCCCUGUACCCAGAUCAUCAGCCCAUUCGAGUCCUGUUCACAAAAGCAUCUCUAAGAUGCAAGAGUCAAGCACAGAAACUGAUGCUGUAAAAGAAACCACAGUUAACAAUGUAGUAGUCUAUGACUGUGACAUCUGCUCCUUUGCCAGCCCCAACAUGCAUUCAGUUCUAGUUCACUAUCAAAAAAAACAUCCAGAACAAAAAGCAUCAUACUUCCGCAUUCAGAAAACCAUGAGGGUGGUCUCUGUUGAUAGGUCUCAGACUUCAAGUAACACAUCUUAUAGUAUGAACACACCAAACCCUCCAAAGGCAUCUAAUGUGAGUCCCUUUGGAGCAGAUGAAGAAAUAUAUUACUGCAAACACUGUGUCUACAGCAACCGUUCUGUAGUUGGUGUGCUUGUCCAUUACCAAAAGAGGCAUCCAGAAAUAAAGGUGACAGCAAAAUAUAUCAAGCAUGCCCCUCCUACCCCUGGGCUGAUGAAACUAAUGGAUGAGUUACAGAUUGCACCACCUAAGCAGUUUUUAAAACAGUUCAGCAACAAUGGAAUAGAUUCCUCUGGAAUUUCCCACGCUCGACUUGGUGGAGACAAGGGCGAAGCGGAGAUGCUGUUUUUCUGCCAGCAUUGUGACUAUGGGAACCGCACAGUGAAAGGAGUGUUGAUACAUUACCAGAAGAAACACAGGGAUGUGAAGGUGAAUGCUGAUCUUGUUCGCAGGCACACUGCUGUUGUACGUAGCCAACGAGAACGGGCUCAGAUGAUUCAGUCUGGCGGUAUGUCUGUCUCUGCCUCUGUGUCCGACACAGACAAAACAAGGGCCCUUAGGUCCUUGAAGUGCAGGCAUUGCUCAUACACAUCUCCAUAUGUAUAUGCUUUGAAGAAGCAUCUAAAGAAGGAUCAUCCCACUGUGAAGGCCACAGCUAUGACUAUCUUACACUGGGCUUACCAAGAUGGUAUCCUUGAGGCUGGAUACCACUGUGAGUGGUGCAUCUAUUCACAUGCAGAACCAAAUGGACUACUCAUGCAUUACCAAAGACGUCACCCAGAGCACAAUGUCGACUACACAUACAUGGCCAGCAAGUUGUGGGCUGGUCCAGACAGUUCUUCGUCCCAGCGAGUAGGAAACUCAGACACCAAGCACUACCAAUGCAGAGACUGUGCCUUUGAGGCUUGCACCAUCUGGGAUAUCACAAAUCACUACCAAGCUGUUCACCCCUGGGCCAUCAAAAGGGAUGAGUCUGUGCUCCUAGACAUAAUCAAAGGUAAUCAUUCGUCAGGAAAAUCGCAGACUCCAGUUGCUAAGGGGCAUGUCAGUAUGGCUAGACCGCUCAGUAGUCACCAUCCUGAGCAAGAUGAGGAAUCGUUUGACGUUACAAGACCAUCUACAGAAAUGGUCCCUCAUCUGUCCUUUGCUAGCACCUCCAUUUCAAACAACCCAUACCAGUGCACUGUGUGUCUGUCUGAAUAUAAUAGCCUUCAUGGGCUCUUGACCCACUAUGGCAAGAAGCAUCCUGGCAUGAAAGUCAAGGCUGCUGACUUUGCUCAAGAAGCUGACAUCAACCCCAGUUCAGUUUACAAGUGUCGUCAUUGUCCUUAUGUGAACUCUCGCAUUCAUGGGGUUCUCACUCAUUAUCAGAAGAGGCAUCCACUGGUCAAAGUCACUGCAGAGGAUUUUGCGGAUGACAUUGAGCAAGUUAAAGACCUUAAUGACGGUGACGAGAAGUGCAAAUCUCAAAGACAGGGUUAUGGUGCCUACAGGUGCAAAAUGUGUCCUUACACUCAUGGAACAUUGGAGAAGCUGAGAAUCCACUAUGAAAAUUACCAUAACCAGUCAGCUUCUGACAUGUUUAACCCUCCUCACAUGCAGUUUUCUGCCAGUAAAGAUGACCCGGUAGCUGAAUGCAGUGGUGCAAGUGUGACAGAAGUGCCAGAUGUGAGUGACUUUCACCUCGCGCUUUCUCAGUUCCCCAUUGACAAAGGUGCAAAGCAUGCCAUCUUCAGGUGUCAGCUCUGCAAGUACUUCUGCUCCACCAGAAAAGGCAUAGCUCGCCACUACCGCAUCAAACACAACAAUGUCAGAGCUCAACCUGAGGGUAAGAACAAUGUCUUUAAAUGUGCUCUCUGCUCCUACACAAAUCCCAUUCGCAAAGGCCUGGCAGCCCACUACCAAAAGCGACAUGACAUUGAUGCAUACUACACUCACUGCUUGGCAGCCUCCAAGUCUAUCAGUGAUAAGCCCAACAAGGUGGUAGUGCCCGUGUCCUCUCAGUCAGAAGGGCCAGAGUUGAGUGAGGAGCUGAGACAGGCUGUGGAAAGGAGAAAGUGCUCCCUCUGUUCCUUCCAGGCUUUCAGCAAGAAGAGCAUUGUUUCUCAUUACAUCAAGCGCCAUCCAGGAGUCUUUCCCAAGAGGCAGAAUUCCAGCAAGCUGGGGCGUUACUUCACUGUAGUCUAUGCCAAGGAGCCUGAAAACCUUAUUGCUGUCGAGGAGAAGAAAGUAACUGAAGAUCAGUCAGAAACAGAGCUGGAAAAGGACUUGGAGAGGUUGCCAUUCAAAUGUUUGAAGUGUUUCAAACUGUCAUUCAACACGGCAGAGUUGCUCUGCAUGCACUAUACAGACUACCACAGCAAGGACCUCAAGCGGGACUUCUGCACCCUUGCCAGUCCUGCACAGGAUGGCGUAGACUGCUACCAGUGUGCCCACUGUGAUCUCAAGUUCCUGGGCCUCCUAGACCUUAGCACCCAUCUCAUUAACCACAACGAGGAGUUCCAGAAGCGAGCAAUGCGCCAGGAGAGGAGGAAACAGCUCCUGAGCAAGCAAAAAGGAAGUGAGCCACCAGAGAACAAGCCAGAGAAGGUGGACACUCCAUCAGACAAAACCCCUGUUGGCUACAGGUGCAAUUUCUGUGUGGAGGUCCACCCCACUCUGAGAGCAAUCUGCAAUCACCUGCGGAAGCAUGUACAGUAUGGAGAGGUCAAAGCAGGGCAUGUGAAGCAGGAGGUAACAGAAAUCCCACUGCCCCUCCCAGUGGAAGGAGAGGCUAACGGGGAUGUAGCAGAUGUGGUCGCUGUGGAACCAGACCCUGUGGAGAUGAUUUCAGUGGUCGCCCAGGCCUCCGUCACCCCGGCUCCUGUCGCCAUGGAGACUGCGGAGGUGGAGAGAGGGCCCCGGGAGGUGGUGGCAAUGAAGGAACGGGCAGUGGGAGGGCACCCCUGUGGCCAGUGCGACCGUGUCUUCAUGUCCAUGCAGGGCCUGCGCUCGCACGAGAGGAGCCACUCGGCCAUGGCCCUUUUCACACGCGAGGACAAGUACAACUGCCAGUACUGCCAGUUUGCCUCCCCUUUCAGACACAACCUGGAUCGGCAUGUACAGUCUCACCACGGCCAUCACAAGCCCUUCCGCUGCAAGCUGUGCUCCUUCAAGUCCUCUUACCUGAGUCGCCUCAAAAGCCACUUGUACAAAGCACACGCAGGUGAGAAUACCUACAAGUGUCUGUCCUGCUCCUUCUCCACCAUGACCAUAAGCCAGCUGAAGGAGCACUCCCUGAAGGCCCACGGAGAGGCCCUCACCCUUCCCAAACUGCGCGCCGCCACCCAGGCUGCGUUCCGCUCCCACAGGCCGACCCAGGGGAGCGAACAGACCUUGGUAAUCUCCGAAACGGAUGAACCUGCAUAUUUGGAGCCCCCAGAUGUCCAGCAGCAGCUCAGUCGCUACCAACUUGCGUCUCGGAACCAGGCCUCCUCCAGCCCCCCUGUCCUGCCUGUGGUCGAGGCACGGCUGGAUGGCACUCUCACCUGUGAAUUCUGCGAGUUCAGCUCGGGGUACAUGCAGAGCCUGCGCAGGCACUACCGAGACCGCCACGGUGGCAAGAAGCUCUUCAAGUGCAAGGACUGCUCCUUCUUCACAUGCUACAAGUCAACAUUCACAAUGCAUGUGGAAGCAGGACAUGCCAGCACCCCUGAGGAAGGCCCCAAAGACCUGCGCUGCCCCCUCUGUCUCUACCACACCAAGUACAAGAGCAAUAUGAUCGACCAUAUCGUCCUGCACCGUGAGGAGCGGGUGGUUCCCCUGGAGGUCUGCCGCUCCAAGCUGUCACGGCACCUGCAGGGCGUCGUGUUCCGCUGCCACAAGUGCACCUUCACCUGCUCCAGCGACGAGAGCCUGCAGCUGCACAUCCACAAGCACGACGAGCUCAAGCCCUACCAGUGCCAGCUCUGCUACUACGACACCAAGCAGCGCGAAGACCUGGAGGCCCACCUGCGGAAUGAGCACAAGGUGAUCCGGAACUUUGAGCUGGCUGGGCGGGUCAAUCUGGACCAGCUGGAGGCCGUGAAGGACAAAAUGGGCAGUCUGAGCAGUGCCGAGGAGGAAGAGGAGGGUGAGGAAGAGGAGGAGGAGAACGAGGAAGAGGAGGAGGCCGAGAAGCCCGAUUCAAAAGAUGCCCCAGGGUCCCCGAACAGCAGCGUGUCAGCCUGCAGCGAGAAGCGCUUCCCCUGCGAGUUCUGCGGCCGCAGCUUCACGCACAGCACCGAGUGGGAGCGCCACGUCCUCCGGCACGGCAUGACUGUUACCAACAGGAGGGCAGAGGCCAGCUCAGCCGAAGCAAUAGAAGCUGCUACUCAGACCGAGGUGAGCUCGCAGGUUGCCGCAGCAGACAGAGGCGGAGACUUCCCCAGCGACACCAUGGAGGCGGAGGGCGGAUAUCCUCCGGACCUGGCACAGUGUAAAGUGCUGAAAGAGGAGGACAGCAAAACGCCUGAGACCAAAAAUGAUCCUUAGGAAGAGGGAGAUUUCUGCAGCUGUGCGAUGUACUGUACUUGAAAACCAUGGGUUAAGGUGGGGGGGGCAGAAAAAAAGGCUGCUUUUACAAACACUUUAAAUAAGCGGAAAAAAAUGUUAAAAGAAUCCCUCACGUUUUUGAGCAUUGUUUGAUUUUAAGUGUUACACAUUGGAAAUUAUAGGUUGUGUUACAUCCUACAUAGAAAAAUAUUGCUGAACCUUAAAAUGAGUGAGUUGGUCCCGUAGGACAGAUGCUAAUAUAUUGGUAACCAAUAGUGAAUGGUACUGUAACGCAGUCAUUCUGGUCAAAUCCUCAGUCAGUUUCUACAGUAGUAACACAAGUGACUUCAUAUUAGCCAAGUUGUAUUUGUGAAGGAAUGAGGCACAGCAUGUUUUUCCUCACCCAGUACAAUUUUGCCUCUCCAGUAUUAACUUGACAUUUAGCCUUUUGAUUUCCCCAAUCAGCAUAUUAACCAGUUGGAAAAGGGGUAGAAUGCUCCAACUACUGAUGAUGACCCUAAGAAAGCAUCUAACAGUCAAAUUGGUUGGAUGGAUUUAAAUGUCUUGCUUGUCAAAGAUAAUUGCAGAUGUUCAAAUUAAAGGAAGACUGAUUGGCGAGUCAUUACCUGUCUGACAGUCAGGUGACUGUUCCUGGUUAAUUAUCGACAUAUUGACAUAUUGCAUUUAUUGGUUGAUAAAGACUACUGAAUGUGCUUUUUCUUGUUUUUUUUUUUUUUUUUAACAAAAACAUUGUGAAUCUAUCAAAAGGUUUUUGUGAUUUGACCCGAAUGAUGAGUUACAGGCAUUACAUUUUAGUGAUUCUGUGUUAAUCUCAUAUAGCGAAAUUCCUUGAGGAAUAGUUGCUUCUUUUUAUAUGCAUAUCAAUGUCUACUUUUUAAACAUUUAAAAAAAUAUUGACACUGGCCCCAAAUUCUGUAGCAAAUUGCUACACAAAUUGAGAUGUGUGUUUGUUUGUCUGCAGCUUUACGAGUUCUCUGCACUUCCACACUUUUGAUUCUAAACAAAAUUGUUGUAUCGCCUUCCAAAUUACGUCCGGGUUAGCAGACUGAUAUUCGCCACUAAUACUGAAAUCCUGUUCUCUAAAAGGGAAAAUGUGCACCUUCGAUUUUAUCAUUAAUGCUUAUGUUUUUUGUUACGUAGAACAAGUUCAGAUUGUCAUUAGUUUUUCAGUUUAGUUUGACACGUAAAUGUAACUGUCAGAAGAAAGGAAAAAAAAUGUAGAAAUGUAGCUGCUCAUCGCAGGAUAGUAUCGCUGAGGAAAUCUUUUUUUCCCCACACAGUACCUCUGAAACUGACAUUAGGUAAUUCCUUCAGUAGCAGUGUGGACUCAAGGAAGUCCCACAGAGUGAAAGAUGUUCCUGUUUGAAACUAGUUUGAUGUGAGCUGUAGAUUCAUUUCAGGACCAGGGUUAACUGACUUGUGACAGCUCUGUCAUGUAGCGGCACAUGCGCCAGACUUGAUGAUGGUGGUGUCGUCACAACCAGCAAUUGUAAACAAUCGUCCACUUCGGUGUGCAUUUUAACUAUGACUAACACCUUGCCAGAUAGUCUGUAAUCUAAUCCUGAGGAACUCCUGAACCUGGUUGACGUGUCUGGUUUGACAAAACUGAUUUUAAGAGAUAAACAUAGUUUGUAUGUGUUAGAGGUUGCUGCUCGAAUACCCUGAAGCCUUAUUAGAUGUUAAUAAUAGCAAUUGUUUUGGCACUUAAUUGAAAUAGCUUUUUUCCAACACCAGUUGGACCAACAAGCAAAAAUAAAUAUUAACAUAAUGAUAAGAAAUUACUUGGAGCCAUGAUACAGACACACAAAGGUAACUGUCCUCUUGCUACCAAAAGUGUCAGCUUCCUGGACAUUUGGAUGGCUGUCUUUGCUACAGUUCUCUUUCUUGAGCAAUGAGCCAUUGCUGUAAGGGGGAGAAAACCCAGGUGCUGCAAGGUGCAUUCUGGGAGUUCCGCAUGCUGUAUUCAGCCGUGUAUAGAAAACAAGCUACUUGUCAAGUGUUUGAAACUGUGGUGUCUCAGAAAGGAUAGUUUGCCCCAUUUCCUUUAGAUGUUGUUCUCUUACAAAUGGAAAAAAAGAAAAAUGACAAAAUUUGGAGUUAUUCCACUGUUCAUCUGUUCAAACUAUUGUACAAUAUCUGAAUAAGAAGCGUCUAGUCUUUCGUUUUGUACCUUAUAACUGGGGGCAAUAAGGUGCCAAGAUCUUCUUUGUCUCUUGUUUUGUUUUCCUUGAUAAGGACUAGCCUGCCUUUUUAAAAUUAAAAUAGUUAGAAAAACAAGGAAAUAAGCUUUUAAAUGGCAGCUGAUUGCUAGCAGUUCCCGUUAUAACACACUGGAAACUUGUAUAUAUUUUGGUUUUUGUUCCGUUAUGUUUUACCUUCUAUUCAGACUGUUGGAGUUCACCAUAGUUUGACUU